AUGGAGGGCCUGCUGCCUGUCAUCACAUCCGCCUUCCAGCUGGUCCUGAAGCACCUAUGCCAGGUGCUGUUGGUGGUUUCUGAGAGCUUGAGACACAUCCCAAGACUCCCUGCAUUCCUCUGGGGGAUCCUGGUGGGCGCUCUGGUGGUGGUGUCUGUGAUAGUAAAGAGAUGGCACACUUCAAGAAGAGUGAAGUCACCAGGUAAAAAGUGUUCUGCCAGUGAUGAAGUCUGUGCAAAUUGUAGUAAGACUAUUGGACCAAUGACAGAAGCCGACACCAUCAAGUCACCUGGGGUGGAGGCCAGUUCUCUCUUGUUACAGACCUUGAGUUUAAGGGUACUGAAUAAACACUUGAGCAGCUUGUCAUUCCAGAACGUGGCUGACACACUGAAAAUGGCGUGCAGGAGCCAACCUCCUAAACUUUCCCAAGUGACUGGUGAAAAGCCCAUCUCAAAAGCAUCCGGGGUUGAUGAAGAACAACUUCAGAAGAACAUAAUGGAUGAUUUGAACAAAAACACUCAUUAUCCAGGAAGUCCAGAACUACUCCAAGAAGAAAUGAUGGGAUGGAGGCAGAAAACCCAAGAGCAGGUGAAAACAAAACAAAGGCUGGAGCAGUUGAAGGCACAAAUGGAGCAGGCCCUGCAAGACAGAGUCUGCCCAGCACUGUCCGUAGCUGGAAGCCCCCUGAAGACCAUCCCCAAGCCUGCUGACCUUGGCCAUCCCAUGGACGAUGGGAACUUGGAAUUUCUACAAAAGAGGGAAGCAGAAAGUGGGGGUGAGUCUGAAGUUGGUCUCAAAGGUGUCCCUCAUGAUGCUGAUGUCAAUGUGUCCCAGAAGAAACAGGAAAUGGCCAGACAAUUGUGGGAGCAGAAGCGAAUGAGUGAAGCGCUUGCAGCAGAAAUAAGGAGUCUGCAAACUGAGAAAGCAUCUUUACAGCAUGAAAAUUCAAACCUAAAAGGUGAGAUUCAGCAGCUGAAGCUGAAGCUUCGAAUUCUGCCUGAGACACAUGAGGAUCAUGUAACACAGCUACGGAAACAACUGAAUGAGGCGGAAGUGCACAGCUUAGAGCUGGAUAAGAAAUUUCCUACCGUCUGGAGGGACAUGAACUCCACCUAUCACUUCCUGAACACGUAUAAGAAGAUGGUCCGAGACCUGAACCAGGAACUACAAAGAAGCACUUGCUACUAUCAAAAUGAGAUCCGAUGCCAGCAGAAAAGAGCUGAAGAAGCCUGGAUGGCAGUUGAGGUUAUAGAGAAGAAGUUCCAGGACCUGAGGAGAGAAAAUGACCGCAACAGGCAAAUGCUGGCCAAGGUCAAGUCCAAGUUCCAGCCUUUCCCAGGUGGCCCUUUAACUCCCGCUGCUCCCCCAGCAGUCCACAGAGGCCCUGCAGUGCCAGGCCAUCCCCUGACUCAUCAGGCCCCCAGGAAGGAGGAGGGUCCUGCAGUGACAGCUCAAGAAUCCAGGGUCACCUGCAGGUGUGACUCAGCAUCCUCAGUAGCUGGGUCCUGA